AUGUCUCAAACUCGUGAAGAUUCCGUCUACUUGGCCAAAUUGGCAGAACAAGCCGAACGUUACGAAGAAAUGGUCGAAAACAUGAAGGCCGUUGCUUCUUCAGGUCAAGAAUUAUCCGUCGAAGAGCGUAACUUAUUGUCAGUUGCCUAUAAGAACGUAAUUGGUGCUCGUCGUGCUUCUUGGAGGAUAGUUUCUUCAAUUGAACAAAAAGAAGAGUCAAAAGAAAAAUCCGAACAUCAAGUUGAAUUGAUUCGUUCUUACCGUUCUAAAAUUGAAACCGAAUUGACUAAAAUCUCCGAUGAUAUUUUGUCCGUAUUAGAUUCUCAUUUGAUCCCUUCUGCCACUACUGGUGAAUCUAAAGUGUUUUAUUAUAAAAUGAAGGGUGAUUACCACCGUUAUUUGGCUGAAUUCUCCAGCGGUGACGCUAGAGAAGAGGCAACGAAUGCCUCUUUAGAGGCUUACAAAACUGCCUCUGAAAUUGCCACCACCGAAUUACCUCCAACUCACCCAAUUCGUUUAGGUUUAGCUUUGAACUUCUCCGUUUUCUACUACGAAAUUCAAAACUCCCCAGACAAAGCCUGUCAUUUGGCCAAACAAGCUUUUGAUGAUGCUAUUGCUGAAUUAGAUACUUUAUCCGAAGAAUCUUACAAAGAUAGUACUUUGAUCAUGCAAUUAUUAAGAGAUAACUUGACAUUAUGGACCUCAGACAUUUCUGAAUCAGGUCAAGAAGAUCAACAACAACAGCAGCAACAACAACAAACUCCAGCUGAACAAACUGAAGGUGAACCAGCCAAAUAA